CCCUCCACUUAAUGCACCUCCUUCUUCCUCAGCUCCCUCUCUCUUUUUCCAUCGAACAGAUCAGGACUGAUAAAGAGGGAAGGAGAAGGAGAAGAAGAGAGCAAAACUAUGGUGAAGUUUUCACGGGAGUUGGAAGCACAGUUGAUCCCAGAAUGGAAGGACAAGUUCGUAAACUACCGCCAGCUCAAGAAGCACGUCAAGAAGAUCAAGCUCGCUCAUCUCCGCUCCUCAGUUCCUUCUUCUUCUGACGACCACCAGCACAACGCAGCCUCCGCCGCUGGCGGCGGCUGCAGCAACGACAGUUAUGGAUUCUCUCUCUUUGACCCCAUUCGCUCGCUCCUCUCUAUUCACGGCCGCCGGCGUGACGAUCCCAUUCCGGCGGACGAGGAGAAUCUAUUCGAAAUGAUAUUCGUCCAAUCCAGAGAAGACGAGGUGAGGGAGUUCUUAGAGAAAUUGGAAGUUGAAUUGGAGAAGGUGAACAACUUCUACAUCAACACGGAGAGAGAGUUCUGCGAGCGCGGAGAAAUUCUGAGCAAGCAGCUCCAGAUACUGCUCGACCUCAAACAGCUCUACCAUGACCAUCACCGUCUUCGCCGCCGCCAAUGCCACAGCCCCACUUCCCCUCCCGCCUCCCUCUCCAACUCCACCUCCUUCUCCGAAACAGAGACAGAGAUAGGGAGCCCGCUGGGGGACGUGGCGCCGGGAAGGGAAACAGGGGUAACAGAGGAGGCGAUCAUAGCGACGUUGGAGAAGAACGGGGUGAACUUCCUGGGUCUUGGCGCGAAGGCAAAGAUGAAGAAAACGGGGAGGCUGCGGGCGGCGGCGACGCUGCGGAUCGACAUCCCGGCGACUACGCCGGCUAGGUCGAUAUCGAUGGUGUGGGAAGAGAUGGUGAAGAGCAGCAGCUCCCGCAAGGAAGGAGGUGACUACGUGAAUAAGAAGAAGCUGCAGCGGGCGGAGAAGAUGAUCAGAGAGGCCUUCGUACACCUCUACAAAGGCGUCGGCCACCUCAACACAUACAGUUCUUUGAACAUAGAAGCUUUCAGGAAGAUUCUCAAGAAAUUUGAAAAGGUGUCAAAUCAACGACAUGAAGCGGGUUCAUUCUCGAGGAAGGUGAAAAGAUCGCACUUCGUCAGCUCGGACAAGGUGUUAAAGUUGGGAGAUGAGGUAGAGUCCAUUUUCACAAAGCACUUCGCCAGCAACGAUAGGAAAAAAGCCAUGAAAUUCCUCAGACCUCAACAGCCCAAGGAGUCUCACAUCAUCACCUUCUUAGUUGGUUUAUUCACUGGCAGUUUUGUGACACUAUUCACCGUGUAUGCUAUCUUGGCUCAUUUAUGUGGCAUCUUUUCUUCUGAAUCUGAUUACAUGGAAACAGUUUACCCUAUAUUCAGUGUGUUUGCGUUAAUUAGCCUGCACAUAUUCUUGUAUGGAUGCAACAUAUUAGCCUGGCGAGGGUGUAGGGUUAAUCAUAACUUCAUCUUUGAGUUCUCACCCAACACCGCUCUCAAGUACCGUGAUGCCUUCCUCAUCAGCGCCUCCCUCAUGACCGCCGUCGUCGCCGCCCUCGUCGCCCACCUCCUCCUCCGGUCUGCUGGUGUAUACUCCCAGCAGCACGUGGAUACUAUUCCAGGAGCCCUCUUUCUGGUAUUCACUGUAUUGCUCUUGUUGCCCUUCAAUGUAUUCUACUGCUCAACACGCUAUUGCUUUCUCCGUGUGAUUCGCAAUAUUAUCUUCUCCCCUCUGUACAAAGUGUUGAUGGUUGACUUCUUCAUGGCUGACCAGCUGACCAGUCAGAUUCCAUUACUGAGGCAUAUGGAACUGGCAACAUGUUAUUUCAUGGUUUCUGGAUUUAAAGGGCAGCCUUAUGAGACUUGCACUCGCAGCCAGCAGUACAAGCUGAUGGCCUACAUCAUCUCCUUCUUACCCUAUUACUGGCGUGCGAUGCAGUGUUUGAGGCGGUACAUGGAGGAAGGAUACGACAUGAACCAACUAGCGAACGCAGGGAAGUAUAUAUCGGCAAUGGUGGCGGCAGCGGCACGGUUGAAGUACGCAGUGGAGGGGACGCCAAUGUGGUUAGGCAUCGUCAUCCUCACCUCCACUGGUGCCACUCUUUACCAGCUGUUUUGGGACAUGGUGAAGGAUUGGGGCCUCCUUGACCUCGGAUCCUCUAACCGCUUUCUGAGAGAUGAGCUUAUUCUCAAAAACAAAUCAUAUUAUUAUGUUUCCAUGUGUUUGAACUUUGUGCUUCGACUUGCGUGGAUUGAGAGUGUGAUGCGAUUGAGCUUAAACCAAGUCGAGCACAGACUGAUUGAUUUUUUGCUCGCUUCUUUGGAGAUCAUUCGACGAGGCCACUGGAAUUUCUACAGAUUGGAGAAUGAGCAACUGAAUAAUGCAGACAAGUUCAGGGCUGUGAAGUGUGUGCCAUUGCCAUUCUCUGAGAUGGUCUCUGAGGGAUGACUAGCAGUAAGUUAACUGGUUAGUGCAGUAGCUGUUGAUGGGGUAGCGAAGAAGGCGAUGGAGAAAUAAAUUAAAGGCAGAACAUGGAAAGAUGGAUUUCAGACAUCAAUGAGCGAGAGAAUUAACUAAUGUAGAGGUAGCAGUACUACUGAUUAAAGACCAGUUAACAGCUGAUGCAUCUGCAUUAA